AUGUCGUCUACAGGAACUGGCUGGGCCCAACUGCGUCAGCAAGCUCGAUCAUUAGAAACUCAGACAGAAACACUAUUCCACACAUACUCGCAGUUCAGCUCAGUACCAAACAUACCAGCGAAACCUUCAGAGGAUGAGAAACAAACAGAAGCAAAGAUACAGGAUCUUCUAGAAAAGCGAGAAACCCUCAUAGCUCAACUCUCCCGCCUCCUCGAUUCAGAAGCACAACUCACAGCUUCCGCACUCAAACAAAACAACCUUGCCCGCCACCGAGAAAUACUGCAGGAGCACAGAAAAGAGCUUUCACGAUUAAAGUCCCAAAUCCAAGAUGCACGGAAUCGGGUGAAUCUAUUAUCGAAUGUCCGAAACGAUAUCGAUGCCUAUCAUUCCAGCAAUCCCGAAGCAGCGGAAGCAGAUUACAUGCUUGAUGAGCGGUCGAGGAUAGACAAUAGUCACAAUAUGGCAGAUAGCGUACUCAGUCAAGCGUACGCUGUGAAUGAGAGUUUUGGGUUACAGAGAGAGACGUUGAUGUCCAUCAAUCGACGGAUUACUGGAGCAGCGGCACAAGUUCCAGGGUUAAACAGCUUGAUUGGAAGAAUAUCUGCCAAGAAGAGGAGAGAUGGGAUCAUCUUCGGAAGCUUCAUUGCAUUCUGUUUAUUGGCAUUUAUAUAUUUCAUGUGA